ACUUGGCCACAGUUGUGACCGACGGUUGGACGAGGAUCCAGUACAGUGUUUGUGUGCUAAUUAAUAAUAUCCGCACUAAUUGCACAUUAAAUCAUAAUUAGUAACAAAUCGUUAUCGAGGAGAUUUCGUGAGUGACUUGGUUUUUUGGCAUAAUUCGCGGAAACCCAAUCGUAUAUAAGUGACUAUGGGCCUUAAGAGAAACACUCAGCCGCAUGGCAUGCUUAGGGACAAAUGCGCUGAACUGAUUCUUACUGAUGAACAAAUUAAAGAGUACAUGAAAAGAUUACUUGAAGACAUCAAGAGAGGUUUAGGUAAAGACACACAUGCCACUGCUGUCGUAAAAAGUUUUGUUACCUAUGUCCAAGACUUGCCUGAUGGAACCGAAAAUGGAAGAUUCUUAGCUUUAGAUUUAGGAGGAACUAACUUCAGAGUUUUACUUAUCGAACUUAGUGAACAACAUUUUGAGAUGAAAUCAAAAAUUUUCGCAAUUCCACAGCAUAUUAUGUUAGGAUCUGGAGAACAGCUCUUUGAUCAUAUAGCAGAUUGUUUAGCAAUAUUUAUUAAAGAAGAAAAGGUGCAACACGAAACUCUUCCCCUUGGUUUUACCUUCAGUUUUCCCCUCAAUCAGCUAGGCCUAACUCGGGGAAUUUUAGAAACUUGGACGAAAGGAUUUAAGUGUUCAGGAGUAGUAGGAAACGAUGUGGUGCAAAUGUUAAAGGAUGCAAUUACCAGAAGAGGAGACAUUAAAAUAGAAGUAUUCGCUAUUCUUAAUGAUACCACAGGAACCCUUAUGUCAUGUGCAUGGAAAAAUCAUAAUACGAAAAUUGGAAUUAUAGUUGGAACAGGAAACAACGGUUGUUACGUAGAAAAACAGAAAAAUGCUGAACUGUUUAAUGACGUAGAUAAUGGUUCGGGAAAUGUUAUAAUCAAUUUGGAAUGGGGUGCGUUUGGGGAUGACGGCAAGCUGGACAAUUUACGAACGGAAUACGACAGGAUUGUCGAUGAAAAUUCACUAAAUCCAGGAAAACAAAUUCACGAAAAAAUGAUCUCUGGCAUGUAUAUGGGAGAAUUAGUACGAUUAGCGAUAGUAAGGUUUACCAAAGAAGGUGUUUUAUUCGGGGGCAAGGGGUCAGAGCUACUUUUCACCAGGGGCAGGUUCUAUACGAAGUACGUGUCCGAAAUAGAAAGCGAUCCCCCUGGCUCGUACGAAAACUGUCAGGAAAUUUUAGAAGAAUUGCAUAUUAAACACGCGACGGAGCAGGACUUCGUCAAUGUUAGAUUCAUUUGCGAGUGUAUAUCACGGCGGGCUGCGCACUUGGUCUCAGCCGGCAUCGCGACGCUUCUAAACAAAAUGGACGAUCCUGACGUCACCAUAGGCGUUGAUGGCUCCGUAUACAGAUACCACCCCCAUUUCCACAAUCUCAUGAUGGAAAAAAUCAGACAACUCACGAAACCCCACAUUAAGGUAAAAAUCCAGACAAACGUCAAAGGAUCAUUUGAAAAUAGCUCACUCAACAAUCAGUUGAAUACGUUUUUAAAAAUUCUUUNUUAUAUAAUUUCUUAAUUAAAAUGACAUUUUGUCUCCUUCUGGGUAUGAAAUUUUAAGUUUUAAUAACGCACACACUUUUUUAAAUAA